CUGUAACCAGAAUGGUUUGUCUCAGCAGGAAGCAUGCCAGCCCUAAGACCACUUACCAGGCCUAAAAUUGUGAAAAAACGCAGAAAGAAGUUCAUUCGUCACCAGUCUGAUCGCUAUGUGAAGAUUGCGCGUAACUGGCGUAAACCCAGAGGGAUUGACAACAGGGUGCGCAGGAGAUUUAAGGGUCAAAUCCUCAUGCCCAACAUUGGGUACGGCAGCAACAAGAAAACCAAACACAUGCUACCCUCUGGCUUCAAGAAAUUUCUGGUGCACAACGUCAAGGAGCUGGAGGUCUUGAUGAUGAGCAACAAGACUUACUGUGCUGAGAUUGCUCACAAUGUCUCCUCGAAAAACCGCAAGACGAUUGUGGAGAGGGCCGCCCAGCUUGCAAUCAAGGUCACCAAUCCCAACGCCAGAUUACGCAGUGAAGAGAAUGAAUAGUGUGUCUUAGCAGAGCUUCAUCUCUUUAAUAAAAUUUUAAAAUGCCAAAA